CAUGUUUUUGCUAGAACUGUUCACUUCGACUUGAACGCCCGGCCAUGGCACUGGUUUCUAUGGAUGGCUUCUAUCCCAAAGCUGGUGUAGAGAAGAUCUGGGUGGCUUUGCUGCUUUACAUUUUGCUUUUGCGAUUCAGCGCUGCCCUGCGAAAGCAGUUCAUGAAGCUUUGCUUGGACAUCCAUCUCUGGAGUUGGCGCUCAAGGGCCCAUCCGCGGCAGGACGAGAUCUAUGAAGGUCUGGACCAACUUGUGGAUGCCACGUCGAGAUUGGGUCCCCUACGGGCUUUUUUGCUGCGGACACAUGCCUUGGCCUCGUCGACCGCAUCUUCUGCCUCCUGCAGUCACUGUUCAUGGAGCUCCAACGGUCUUGUGCUUCUCCGCGCAUGCUGCCUUCAAGGUGGAGUUGGUCACCGACAAGAACAACUGGGUCAAUGCAAAGAUGGAGAGGAGGGGCUUCUUGGAGUUGUUCCCGCUGGCUUCUUGGAACUUCGCAAGUAUGUAUCCACCAUCCUAUAUCUGGGCAGCAGGCUCUGCGGAGAAUGCCUUUGCCAUCACGGACCGUGAGAACAAAACAGCUCAGGCUGUGCUUCAAUAUUGGCGCUGGGAUUUGCUACGAUGUUGUGGAGCUGUCGCAACUUUCGUGCGGUUUGUCCGGCGGCAUCGGUAUUUUCUCACCAUUUCAAGACCGCGGCGGCUCUUGAUCCGCUUGAAGCGCAGCCUCCGAGGAAAAA